AUGGGUUUUGUGUCAAGAGAGGGUAUGGGAGGGGUGAUAUCACUAUAUUCAUGAAAAUAAUGUAUUUUCUGCAAUGCUUUAACAACAGGAAGGGGUGUUGUUGGAAGAUUGGGAGGCAUUGAUUUAUUGUGUUUUCACUGUUCUCUCCCUCUGCUCUCCUGGCCUGGGGAGGAGGGGAUGUAGCUGAGUGAGACUAUCUCUGUCUUUGCUGACAGGUUAUGUCAGAGGUGGAGGCCAGUAAAGCCAAUGCUCUGUCACUGCAGAUGUAGCUGUCAUUUUCUACCCGAGAUGGAGAGGAGAACUAAGACAGAGAGGAGGAUAGAGAGGUGGUGGAAAAGGGACUACAUUUGCUGCUCUAACAGGGAGCUGCUAUCUUGGUAUCCCGCACUCUCGCAUUCUAAUUAUGCUGCUCUCCCCAAGAGCUAAAUAAAAAGCUUGUGAAAUGGAACCCAUCUGAGCUGUGAGACAGUAGCUUGUGCCUUGGCGUCAAAGAAAAUGGCUGAAAUAAGGGGAUCGACACAUUUGGUGUCUGAAUAACAAGGAGGUUGAUGUUCAGCUGAUACUGAGUAAAACAGUGGCUUUCCCACAAGAAAGUACUGUUUAAAUUCAAGGAAGUGUGCAUUUAAAUGAUGCACAUGCAUAGGGAUGGGGCUGUGUUUGUGCAAGACAAAGAAACAGGAAUGUUUGAGUUGCUUCUCUCUUGAGGGAUAUGAUGUGCAUGAGUGUGAUGUUGCAUUUAGGGGGUUUUGGGACUGGGGAUAGUUCCAUUAUAGAGGGCAUUGUAGUCACCAUGCAGUUGUAGAGCGGAUGGUUCUCCAUUGCCCCUGCCUCAGUUCAGCCUUGACCUGUCUCUCUCAGAAGUCUCAGUCAUGGAACCCAAGGGUGGUGGGCUCAGGAUUCAUGGGUGACAGGAAGGAGAAGAUAUAUUGAGUUUAAUGCAUGAUUGUUUUUCAAGUCAUGUUGAAACUAGGACACAUUUAGCUGUUGGUUACAAACCAGUUAGUUACAUACAGUCCCAUCCAUGCCCAGUCAUUUACAGUAGAUGAGAUGUCUGUAUAAUUUGUUAAUCUGAGAAAUCCCCUUUUGACAUCGCAGCCUGGUCUCAUAGACUAGACGUAACAUAAUAAACAUAAACCUCUUGACACUCAAAUUAGUAUGAUAUGGUAUGGUUACAUAAGACAGAAGGUUACUUAACCUCUCUUGGGUACGUGAGACGUUAGCGUCCCACCUCUUCAACAGCCAGUGAAACUGCUGCGCGCCAAAUUCAAAUACAGAAAUACUCAUUAUAAAAAUUCAGAAAACAAAACAUAUUUUACAUAGGUUUAAAGAUUAACUUCUUGUGAAUCCAACCACAGUGUCAGAUUUAAAAAAUGCUUUAUGGCAAAAGCAUACCUUACGAUUAUUUGAGAACAUAGCCCAGCAGACAAAUCAUUACAAACAGUAACCAGCCCAGUAGAAGAGUUACACAAGUCAGAAAUAGAGAUAAAAUUAAUCCCUUACCUUUGAUGAUCUUCAUAUGGUUGCACUCAGCAGACAUUCAUUUACUCAAUAAAUGUUCCUCUUGUUCGAUAAAGUCUCUUUAUAUCCAAAAACCUCCGUUUUGUUCGCACGUUUUCUUCAGUAAUCCACAGGCUCAAACGCAGUCAAAACAGGCAGACAAAAAAUCUAAAUUGUAUCCGUAAAGUUCAUAGAAACAUGUCAAACGAUGUUUAUAUUCCAUCGUCAGGUUGUUUUUAGCCUAAAUAAUCGAUAAUAUUUCAACCGGACAAUAACGUUGUCAAUAUAAAAUGUAAACAAGAAAGGCAUUCUCUCGGUCUCGCGCAUGAAAAAUCUCUGUGAUACUUUAGGGUCCACUCAUUCAGACUCUUGCUCUUACUUCCUAAUUUUUCAGAAUACAAGCCUGAAACAAUUUCUAAAGACUGUUGACAUCUAGUGGAAGGCAUAGGUACUGCAAUUUGAGUCCUAAGUCAAUGGAUACUGUAAUGGCAUUGAAUAGAAAACUACAAAACCAAAAUAAAAAUACUUCCCGAAUGGAUUUUUCUCAGGUUUUUGCCUGCCAAAUUAGUUCUGUUAUACUCACAGACACUAUUUUAACAGUUUUGGAAACUUUAGAGUGUUUUCUAUCCAAAUCUACCAGUUAUAUGCAUAUCAUAUCUUCUGGGCCCGAGAAGCAGGCAGUUUAAUUUGGGCAUGCUUUUCAUCCAAAAUUCUGAAUGCUGCCCCCUACUCUAGAGAAGUUAAAGCUGCAAUAUGUAACUUUUUGUGCAACCUGACCAAAUUCACAUAGAAAGGUGAGUUAUAGAUAUGUCACUCUCAUUGAAAGCAAAUUAAAGUAGUGGUAGAUCUGUUCUAUGUACGCUAUAUCUAUGCUUCCCGUGCUUAAGUUUCAUUUUUGCGUCUUUUGUACACCAGAUUCAAACAUUGGUUAUGGAAAAUAUAUUUCACAGUGGUUUAGAUGAUACAUUGAUUCUGUAUACGAUACUUGCUGGUUUUGUCACAAACUAAAAUUAGGCAAACUAUUAGAAUUUUAGCAACCAGGCAAUGGCGCAGCGAUUUCUGCAUAGUGCAUCUUUAAGGCUGGCCAGGGUGGGUGGGUGUAUAACGUGAAUGUCUAGCAACCCAAAGGUUGCGUGUUCGAAUCUCAUCAGACAACAUUACAAUUUUAACUACUUUGCAACUACUUAGUAUGUUAGCUAACCCUAACCUUAACCCCUACACCAAGCCACCUAGCUAAUGUUAGCCACAACUAAUUGGAAUUCGUAACAUAUCAUAUGUUUUGCAAAUUCAUAACAUAUUAUACGAAUUGCAAUUCGUAACAUAUUGGAGGAAUUGUAAUUUGUAACAUAUCAUACAAAAUGGAUGAGUCUUGGGGCGGCAGGUAGCCUAAUGGUUAGAGUGUUGGGCCAUUAACCGAAAGGUUUCUAGAUCAAAUCCCCAAGCUGACAAGGUAAACAUCUGUCGUUCUUCCCCUGAACAAGGCAGUUAACCCACUGUUCCUAGGCCGUCAUUGUAAAUAAUAAUUUGUUCUUAAAUGACUUGCCUGGUUAAAUAAAACAAUAAAAAAAUGGACAUCCAUAAAUUAAUACAUACCAUACGGAAUGUAGCAUAUCAUAUAUCAAUUUGAGUGUCCCGGAUUUACAUUUACUAUGUUACGUCUACCCCUGAGUCCAGGUUGGACAUCAAUGCACAAGUGUGAGUUCACAUGUAAAUAGGAUUCAACACGAUUUUAUGAAAUACAUGGCUUCACAAAAGCAUGUCUAAUCCCUGAGAAAUUGUUCUAAUGAGACAAUGACAGAUGAUUGGUACUUUUUUUGACCAGAAGUUGUUUUGAAGAUGGGGAGAAGUACAGGGCAUUCGGAAAAUAUUCAGACCCCUUCCCCUUUUCCACAUUUUGUUACAUUACAGCCUUAUUAUAAAAUGGAUUAAAUACACACAAUACCCCAUAACGACAAAGCAAAAACAGUUAAAAACAAAUACCUUAUUUACAUAAGCAUUCAGACUCUUUCCUAUGAGACUCAAAAUUGAGCUCAGGCGCAUCCUGUUUCCAUUGAUCAUCCUUGAGAUGUUUCUACAACUUGAUUGGAGUCCACCUGCGGUAAAUUAAAUUGAUUGGACAUGAUUUGGAAAGGUCCUGUCUAUAUAAGGUCCUACAGUUGACAGUGCAUGUCAGAGCAAAAACCAAGCCAUGAGGUCAAAGGAAUUGUCUGUAGAGCUCCGAGACAGGAUUGUGUCAAGGCACAGAUCUGGGGAAGGGUACCAAAACAUUUCUGCAGCAUUGAAGGUCCUGAAGAACACAGUGGCCUCUAUCAUUCUUAAAUGGAAAAAGUUUGGAACCACCAAGACUUCCUAGAGCUGGCCGCCCGGCCAAACUGACCAUUCACAGGAGAAGGGUCUUGGUCAGGGAGGUGACCAAGAACGCAAUGGUCACUCUGAAAGAGCUCCAGAGUUCCUCUGUGGAGAUGGGAGAACCUUCCAGAAGGACAACCAUCUCUGCAGCACUCCACCAAUCAGGCCUUUAUGGUAGAGUGGUCAGAUCCAGAGCCACUCCUCAGUAAAAGGCACAUGACAGCCCGCUUGGCGUUUGCCAAAAGGCACCUAAAGGACUCUGACCAUGAAAACAAGAUUCUCUGGUCUAAUGAAACCAAGAUUGAACUCUUGGCCUGAAUGCCAAGCAUCACGCCUGGAAACCGGGCACCAUCCCAACGGUGAAGCAUGGUGGCAGAGAAGAAUGGGAGAAACUCCCCAAAUACAGGUGUGCCAAGCUUGUAGCAUCAUACCCAAGAAGAUGCGAGGCUGUAAUCGCUGCCAAAUGUGCUUUAACAAAGUACUGAGUAAAGAGUCUGAAUACUUAUGGAAAUGUCAUGUUUCAGUUUUUCCCCCAAUAAAUUAGCAAAAAAAACGAUUUAAUUCAUUUUAGAACAAGGCUGUAAUGUAACAAUAUGUCAAGUCAAGGGGUCUGAAUACUUUUCAAAUGCACUGUAUGUCUGUUAUAAAAAAAGGUUCUGCGUUUUUUGACACACAGAUCAACUGUACUAGUUGUUGAGGCUUUGAUCUUGUCCCAUCUUGAUUACUGUCUGGUAAUAUGGUCAGGUGCAGCAAAGAAAGACCUACUGUAGCAAAGCUGCAGUUGGCUCAAAACAAAGCAGCACACCUUGCCCAUAAACUGUUCACAUAGAACUAACAUCAACAACAUACUGUACAUGAUAGUCUUUCAUGGUUGACGACAAAUUUACUACUUCUCUUUGUCUUUUUAAGAAACAUUUGUGUAUUGAAAAUGCCUCACCACUUGUAUAAUCUAUUUGCAUACACUUCAAACAGACAUACAUAAAACCAGACAUGCCACUAUGGGUUUCUUCACGAUACCCAAACCAAAAACCGAUUUGAAUGUGUCACUCAGUUAUCUAUAGAGCCAUAUCAUCGUGGAAUGCUCGGCCACCAGAGGUUACUCAGGCAAAAAGCAAGUUUAGCUUUAAAAACAGAUAAAAAAACAUAUUGCAUCCCAGUGCCUCUCUUCUGUAAAAAUAACAUCUAAUUUAACUGUACUGUAUUUAAGAAUAUGAAUAGGUACGGUUGAAGUCGGAAGUUUACAUACACCUUAGCCAAAUACAUUUAAACUCAGUUUCACAAUUCCUGACAUUUAAUCCGAGUAAAAAUUCCCUGUUUUAGGUCAGUUAGGAUCACCACUUUAUUUUAAGAAUGUGACAUGUCAGAAUAAUAGCAGAGAGAAUGAUAUAUUUCACAUUUUAUUUCUUUCAUCACAUCAUUUUGCAACCUUUCAUCACAGUGGGUUAGACAUUUACAUACACUCAAUUAGUAUUUGGUAGCAUUGCCUUUAAAUUGUUUAACUUGGGUCAAACAUUUUGGGUAUCCUUCCACAAGCUUCCCACAAUAAGUUGGGUGACUUUUGGCCCAUUCCUCCUGACAGAGCUGGUGUAAGUGAGUCAGGUUUGUAGGCCUUCUUGCUCGCACACGCUAUUUCAGUUCUGCCCACACAUUUUCUAUAGGAUUGAGGUCAGGGCUUUGUGAUGGCCACUCCAAUACCUUGACUUUGUUGUCCUUAAGCCAUUUUGCCACAACUUUGGAAGUGUGCUUGGGGUCAUUGUCCAUUUGGAAAACCCAUUUGCGACCAAGCUUAACUUCCUGACUGAUGUCUUGAGAUGUUGCUACAAUAUAUCCACAUAAUAUUCCUGCCUCAUGAUGUCAUCUAUUUUGUGAAGUGCACCAGUCCCUCCUGCAGCAAAGCACCCCCACAACAUGAUGCUGCCAUCCCGCGUGCUUCACGGUUGGGAUGGUGUUCUUCGGCUUGCAAGCAUCCCCCUUUUUCCUUCAAACAUAUCGUUGGUCAUUAUGGCCAAACAGUUUUAUUAUGUUUUUUAUUAUGUUACGUUUCAUCAUAACAUUUUUUCUCCAAAAAGUACAAUCUUUGUCCCCAUGUGCAGUUGCAAACCAGCAGUGGCUUAUUCUUUGCUGAGCGGCCUUUCAGGUUAUGUCGAUAUAAGACUCGUUUUACUGCGGAGAUAAAUACUUUUGUACCUGUUUCCUCCAGCAUCUUCACAAGGUCCUUUGCUGUUGUUCUGGGAUUGAUUUGCACUUUCCGCACCAAAAUACGUUCAUCUCUAGGAGACAGAACACGUCUCCUUCCUGAGAGGUAUGAAGGCUGCGUGGUCCCAUGGUGUUUAUACUUGCGUACUAUUGUUUGUAAUAGAUGAAAAUGGUACCUUCAGGUGUUUGGAAAUUGCUCCCAAGGAUGAACCAGACUUGUGGAGGUCUACAAUUUUUAUUCUGAAGUCUUGGCUGAUUUAAUUUGAUUUUCCCAUGAUGUCAAGCAAAGAAGCACUGAGUUUGAAGAUAGGCCUAGAAAUACAUCCACAGGUACACCUUCAAUUGACUCAAAUAAUGUCAAUUAGCCUAUCAGAAGCUUCUAAAGCCAUGACAUCAUUUUCUAGAAAUGUCCAAGCUAUUUAAAGGCACAGUCAACUUAGUGUAUGUAAACUUCUGACCCACUGGAAUUGUGACACAGUGAAUUAUAAGUGAAAUAAUCUGUCUGUAAACAAUUAUUGGAAAAAUUACUUGUGUCAUGCACAUAGUAGAUGUCCUAACCGACUUGACAAUAGUUUGUUAACAAUAAAUUUGUGGUGUGGUUGAAAAACAAGUUUUAAUGACUCCAACCUAAGUGUAUGUAAACUUCUAAAUUCAACUGUAUGUACAUUUUAUUGUUGUGCCUUGAUGUCUUUCCUAUAUAUAACUCUUAUUUAAUGUUUUUAUUUUGUGUAAUAUCUUAUGUUGUUCUUGUCUUGAACUAUUCUGUACUCUGUCAUGUAUUUGUACGUUUUGUGUGGACCCCAGGAAGAGUAGCUGCUCAAUGUGCAGUAUCUAAUGGGGAUCCUAAUUAACUAAACUAAUCAUUUGACCUAGUCCAAUCACAUUCUGUCAGUUUGACACUCUGGAACUCUUCACAUUGGAACACUGCUUUACUAGACAUUAAGGGCAGCGCUAAUUCAUACAGGGAACCCGAGUGUUGGCUUCUGCAAUGCAUUAGCUGACGUCGCAUCAUAUUCUACAAACACUUCCUACCUUUAAUAUGGUGGUCUAUUUAGCUGAUCAGUUUUACUCACUCAUUCUCUGCUACCUGUAUUUCUGUUGGUUGCUUGAUAGUAUGCGGUUGCAUUUUCUAGCGCCCACCCCAUCCUCCACCUUUUUGGUUCUGUGUUUCCUUCUUGCAGUGGGAUUGGUAUAGCGUAACUUGCGCCGUGCCUGUAAUUAUCAUUAUUAUCUUAACAUGACACACGUAGUGAGCUACCCCAAAGGAUCAGAGCCUAACGCCAAGACUAAUGUAUUACAUGUUGGAAUCUUUUUCUAAUAAAUGGUUAAAUGAAUACGUGGCGUUUCCUGUUUUGAAAUUGCUUUACUAAAUAUUUUCCUUCUCCCAAUAAGAGAGGGACUCUUACUGGCCAUAGCCGGCACCCAAAUGAACAGCGUGUGUCUGUGUCCAGUCAGAAUUGGUUGAGACAGAGUUUGCUUCUGGGCCAAAUGGACUCUCGCUCUAAGAAUAACCCCAUUGUAGUGAGACUGAGAGAGUGAGUCUCACUGCCAAGUGAGUCUGUGUUAAAGCAGACCUUUACAGCCAGACGGGAUUAUGUCUUUCCCCUGAAAAUGAUACUAGAUCCACACAAAUAAGAUUUGUAAGACUUCAGCAGAUGCUCUUAUACAGUGUGAUUUUAUGAUUGUUACCAAGUACAUACUGUGGAGGAAGCCAUGUCUGGUGGAAGCAUAUGUGGCUGAGGAGGAGGUGAAGACUGAGUCGGAUGCAGUAGAGGGGAUGGAGAUCUCUACACGAUCCAAAGUUUCAGUCCCUGGGUCAGUGGAGCGAGCAGCGCAGAAACGAAAGGUGCCCAGCCCCUCUCACUCAUCCAACGGUCACUCCCCUGCUGAGACCUCCUCCAGCCCGGUCAAAAAGAAGAAGAAACCAGGAGCAGUCAGCAGCAGUAAAGACCAGUCAGAACUAAGACAUGGUCCCUUUUACUAUGUGAAGCAGCCAGCACUCACCACAGACCCUGUUGAUGUUGUACCGCAGGACGGCAGGAAUGACUUUUACUGCUGGCUGUGCCACCGCGAGGGCCAGGUGCUCUGCUGUGAGCUCUGCCCGAGGGUGUACCACGCCAAGUGCCUCAAACUGCCCGCAGAGCCCGAGGGUGACUGGUUCUGCCCUGAGUGUGAGAAAAUAACAGUUGCUGAGUGCAUAGAGACUCAGAGUAAAGCAAUGACGAUGCUAACACUAGACCAGCUGUCUUACCUGCUAAAGUUUGCACUCCAGAAGAUGAAACAGCCAGGUGACCAACCACGCUCGUCAUCUCACUCCCCCCAUGCAGCCGCCACGCAGAGAAAGGCUUUUAAUUGGACGGAACCCUUCCAGAAGCCAGUAUCUCUUGAACAGCAUCCGGACUACGCAGAGUAUAUUUUUCACGCCAUGGACCUCUGUACAUUAGAGAAGAAUACAAAGAAGAAAAUGUAUGGCUGUACCGAAGCUUUCUUGGCAGAUGUGAAAUGGAUUUUACACAACUGCAUAAUUUAUAAUGGAGGAAAUCAUAAGCUUACUGCCACAGCUAAAGUCAUCGUGAAAAUCUGUGAACAUGAGAUGAAUGAGAUUGAAGUCUGUCCGGAAUGCUAUCUGUCAGCCUGCCAAAAGAGAGACAACUGGUUCUGUGAGCCAUGUAGUGAUCCUCACCCUCUGGUGUGGGCCAAGCUGAAGGGGUUUCCAUUCUGGCCUGCCAAAGCAUUGCGGGACAAAGAUGGGCAGGUGGAUGCUCGCUUCUUUGGGCAACACGACAGGGCGUGGGUCCCCUUAAACAACUGCUACCUCAUGUCCAAGGAGAUUCCCUUCUCUGUGAAGAAGACUAAGAGCAUCUUCAACAGCGCCAUGCAGGAAAUGGAGGUCUACGUGGAGAACAUGAGGAAGAAGUUUGGAGUGUUCACCUACGCCCCCUUCAGGACGCCCUAUACCCCUGACAACCAGUACCAGAUGCUGCUGGACCCCGCCAACCCCUCAUCCGGCUCGGUCCGGCCGGAGAAGCAUGAAAAGAUCAAGUUCAACUUCGACAUGACUGCAUCUCCCAAGAUGCCCUUGUCCAGGAGCGUGCUGACAGGAGGGGGCGGGGGCAUGGGCGGUGUUGGAGGGAGUGCAGGCCGGAGGAUCUCCCUGACAGAUAUGCCCCGCUCGCCCAUGAGCACUAACUCCUCUGGUCACACAGGCUCUGAUGGAGAGCAGGAGACACCAGACAAGGUCCAGGCUAGAGCCCCAGCUAGCCACUACAGUGCUGGGGAGGAGUCUAUGGACUGCACAGCAUCACCGGCUUCCACUCGACCUGAUCUUGUCUCUGGUGCCAAGGACAGCCCUAAACCAUUCCACUCCCAGGGCCCUGCCCUGCCUCUCGUUCCCAAGCAGGAGAAAGCAACACCCACAGGGAGCAUCCUUAAUCUCAACCUGGACCGAAGCAAAGCCGAGAUGGACUUAAAGGAGUUGAGUGAGACUGUGCAGCAGCAGCAGCAGCAGCAACAGCAGGGGGUGCCACCAGUCCUCACCUCACCCAAAAGACAGAUCAGGAGCCGAUUCCAGCUCAACCUGGACAGAACCAUCAAGAGCUGCAAGGCCCAGCUGGGUAUAGAUGAGAUCUCUGAGGACGUGUAUAAGGGAGUGGAACACAGCGACUCCGAGGACUCUGAUAAAUCCGAUUCGAGUGACAGUGAGUACGCCAGCGAUGAGGAACAGAAACCUAAAGUGGGCCAGCACACUGAGGCCAAUGACAAGGGCGAGAAGGACCCUUCCAAGAGGGGGUCCAAAGACCCCCUGCCCCCCAUCCAAAACAAGGAGGGCAAAACAGAGGGGCCGGGGCCAGCAACUGCAACGGCAACCAUGGGAGAUGCAGGGGUACCAUCUACCCUCUCUGAAUCCUUGUCGAAAGAGAAGCAGGGUGUAGAGUCAGACAAAGAGCCCCCAGAGAAAGCCAAAGCAGUCCCUGCGUCCCCAGCCCCCAGAGAGAAGCCCCAGGUGAAGCAGGAGGCCAGGCAGACCUCUCUGGUGGAUGACUCUGACUCUGAGAGGGAGCUGGUGAUUGACCUGGGGGAGGACCAGGGGGGCAGAGACCGGAAGAGGACUAGGAAAGAUGCACACGCCACCAAAGAUCCACCAACCAAUAAGACAGACGGUAAAGCCCCCACCCCAUCAAGUGGCCUUACUCCAUCUCAAAACAACACAGCCCCUUCCUUAACCCCCAGUGUGAAAGAUUCAUCACAGUCUCCACUAGCCAUCCCUCUAAACAUGGUGCCCUUCACUACUGCUGCUCCCACCACCAUUGGCCCCACCACCCUGGCCAGUGCCACAUCAACAGCCUCCAUCACAGCCUCCUCCGCCACCACAGCAGUGAAGAAACAGCGCCCUCUGCUGCCCAGGGAGACUGUCCCGGUGGUGCAGCGGGCAGUGGUGUGGAACCCCACCAACAAGUUCCAGACUUCCUCCCAGAAGUGGCACAUGCAGAAGGUGCAGCGGCAGCAGCAGAAUCCGCAGCCAGAUACGCCUCAGCUGCAGACAGCAUCACCUGGCCAGCCACAGACACAAAAAUUGCCCCAAACGCCGGCAUCUGCAACAUCUUCAUCCUCAUUAUCGCCAGAGCAAACUUCCCAAAGCACGCGGUACCAGACCAGGCAAUCUGUCAAAGCUGUCCAGCAGAAAGACCCCCCACUCAGUACGUCCACGUCGGCUGUUACCCUGGUAACCAGUAUCCCAGCCUCUGUGGCCAUGAUGGCAGCUCCCGGAGUAGGCAGUGGCCCCUCCACCUCCAUGGCAGGGGACUUCCAGAUCCCUACCGCAUCAGCAGACGUAGCAGCUGACAUCGCCAAGUACACUAAUAAAAUAGUGGAUGCAAUCAAAGGGACGAUGACUGAGCUGUACACCGAGCUUUCCAAAAGCACUUCAGGGAACACAAUAGCAGAGAUAAGACGAUUGAGAAUUGAAAUAGAAAAACUGCAGUGGCUUCAUCAACAGGAGCUUUCAGAAAUGAAGCACAAUCUAGAGUUAACCAUGGCUGAGAUGAGGCAGAGUCUGGAGCAGGAGAGGGAGCGUCUGAUGGCGGAGGUAAAGAAGCAGACAGAAGUGGAGAAACAGCAGGUGGUGGAUGAGACCAAAAAGAAACAGUGGUGUGCCAACUGCAGGAAGGAGGCCAUCUUCUACUGCUGCUGGAACACCAGCUACUGUGACUACCCCUGCCAGCAAGCCCACUGGCCAGAACACAUGAAAUCCUGCACACAAUCAGCGACAGCCUCACAGCAAGAGCCUGAGUCAGGGUCCACGGCAGACGGCCCAAACAAAGCCUCAGGACAGUCCAACAGUGGUCAAACUUCUCCCAGAGAAACGACAGCAUCUGCCCCCACAGAUAAAGACUCUAACAUGGAGAAAAGCAAGGACAAUGUCACUGUCAGUCUGUCCUAACACUGAGCCCCUGCCCUGGCAUUGAGUUAUCACACUUGAACCUGUAACAUAAAAUACCGACACCUUCUUAGCUACUGUACAUGGACACGUUUUGUUAGCAUUAGUCUUUUCAAGCUGCUGCUCUGAAGGUAUCAAAAUACUUUUUUAUUUUAAGUGAUAAUGACCAGAAUUUCGUCUUUCCCAAACGCUAUAAUCAUCCUUCUCCAUCUCAAGUCCAGAUGUACUUUAUGCCCAAAGUACUAUAGGACAAGUAACCACUAGAGAGCGCCACCUGUUCUCUUAAUCACCGUCACCUUGCAUUACACACGCUUUGCAAGCUCAUAGAGAAGCAGCUUUUCAUGGCCAAAUUUGAGGGUUGGGUGUGUGAGGCAGAUGUACAGAAAGUGUAUCUAUUGUUAUACGUAAUAUUAAUAAAACUGUAUUGGGAGUGCAUAAUAAGUUUUGGUACUGUGUGAAAGAAUUGGACAGUUUGGUCAAUGAUCACCCAGAUGACCAAACGUAAUGUGAAUGGACCAGAAUGGAACAUGGCUUCAGAUUAUUGUUGAUACAAAUUAUUUUCAACCACCAUCUUGUAUGUUAAUUUAUUCAUUAUUUAUGCUGGAAUGUUGCCUACAGUUUUAUUGAGGAGAUCAUGUUCGAUGGACUGCCUGUUGAAUUAAGAUAUGGUACAGAGAUAGUUAUAUGAAGCUUUUCCAUUUCAGAAUGUUUUUCUUUCCUCCCUUAGGACUAACGUUCAUCAUAAUGCAACUGACAUUUGUCCUGUAUUCAUAUUUCUGUGUUCAUACUCUUUCGUCUUGUAUUGUUGUCACUGAGAAAUAAACCAUAUUUAUGGCAAACACAGGCCCUGAGAGGGAACAGAAUACAACACUAGUUUUUGAAAGCCCUUGCAUUUUCUAUGUGUCUCCCACAUGAUGAUACAAAAACAUAAAUGUAUUUGGUUGAAAAUGAUCGGCUACGGUGAACUGAACACGUCUUUGUAUGUCAGGUUUGAACGCUCUACUACAAUUUAUUCACUCAUCUGCAGGAAACCCCAUUUGAUUUUCAAACUAUUCUCCUACAGCAUACUGUAAUGGAGUCAGUCCUCCCUGUCCCGGUAUAGAGAAGAGACUAAAGGAACUCUGUUGUAUUUCAUGUUUGUUUACAUUCUGUAAAUAAAUAAGGUGUGUUGUUCUAAAA